CAAAAGCUGAAAUUUUUCACCCCUCCUGACUACGCUAUAUUAGCUACCCGGUUACGGUUGACGGAAAGGAAAGGAAAGGGCAUUACGGGUGUGAGCGGCACCAACGGCUGGUACCUGCAUAUGGACCCAGGGGUCACUCCAGCGCUGCAGGUGUUCAUGACUCAAAUCCCCCCGGGGACGAGUCUUGUGUUUGCUACCCGUUAUCCCGCAGGUACGACAUUCUCCGUCUCCCGGGAGUUCUCCUGGUACCCCUCCCUGAGCAGUACUGUCAAGCAGGCGGGCAGCCUAGCGGAGGUAUUGGCGGGCGGAGGAGAUCUGUACUGGUUUAGCGGCAAGCACCUGUACAUCAAGAUGGUGGAUCCAGGCGACGCCUCCGUGGACCCCCCCUUCACCGCGGACGGGGUGACCAUCUGGGGAACCCGCUACUUCUCCGCUUGGUACUGGAUCAACACCACCAGCAUGGGGGGAAAGGACCCCUACUCCG